UUCAUUUUCUACAAAGUUAGGCGUUACAAAAAUGGGUAGGUAUGGUCCGCAUGGUAGUUUUUGUUAGGUUUCGCGAACUUAACGCUUAGUCUUACACGUCCAGGAUUCUUUUGUUUGUCUUUUGUUGCACAAGAAAUACAAUUUUGUUUUAUUAUAUACAGUAAUCUUCGUCUAGAAUGAAUCUAUCAACUCUUAUCCAUCUUUUUAUGUGUAUAUAUAAUCUCUGCUCUUAUACAAAAUCAAGCUGUGCCAUACCCAAGGAAUAAAACAUCUCCAUCAACAAGAACGGAUCAUGAAGCAGCCUCACGCACUUCUAGUCGCUAGCCCUGGCUUGGGCCAUAUUAUCCCUGUCCUCGAACUCGGCAACCGUCUCUCCUCUGUCCUCAACGUCCACGUCACCGUUCUUGCAAUCACCUCCGGCACCUCUUCCGUGACAGAAACCGAGACGAUACAUGCAGCUGCGGCUAGAGGGACUUGUGACAUUAUAGAAUUACCCUCGGUCGAGAUAGACCACCUUGUCGAGCCAGGUGCGACAGUGGUUACUAAGAUACUGGCGAAGAUGCGAGUCAUGAAGUCCGAAGUUUGGGAUGCCGUGAAAUCAAUGAAGAAAAAACCGACGGUCAUGAUUGUUGAUUUGUUUGGUACGGGGCUGUUGUCCAUAGUCGAAGUAGGUGUCAUGAAAAAAUACGUGUACAUCCCAUCGCAUGCGUGGUUCUUGGCAUUAAUGGUCUACUUGCCGGUGUUGGAUAAGGUAGUUCAAGGUGAGUAUGUUGAAAUUAAGGAGCCUAUGAAAAUACCAAGUUGUAAACCGAUCGGACCAAAGGAGCUUUUGGACACGAUGUUAGAUCGGUCGGACCAACAGUAUCUUGAGUGUGUACAGAGUGGGUUGGAGAUACCUAUGAGCGAUGGUGUUUUGGUAAAUACUUGGGAGGAAUUACAAAGAAACAUUCUCACUGCGUUUAGAGAGGAUGGGGAGUUGAGCCGGGUCAUCAAAGUACCGGUUUAUCCUAUUGGGCCUAUUGUUAGGACUAAUGGACAUGUAGACAAACCCUAUAGUAUAUUCGAAUGGCUAGACAAGCAACGGGAAAGGUCAGUGGUGUAUGUAUGUUUAGGAAGUGGGGGUAAAUUGUCCUUUAAGCAAACUAUGGAACUUGCUUGGGGUUUAGAGUUAAGUGGUCAAAGGUUCCUAUGGGUUCUACGUAGUCCCACUUCUUACCUCGGGGCAUGCUCUAGCGGUGAUGAUCAGGUGAGUUCUAGUCUACCGGAAGGUUUCUUGGACCGCAUGCGUGGUGUGGGUCUUGUGGUCACAGAAUGGGCACCGCAAGUUGAGAUCUUGAGCCAUGGAUCAAUAGGUGGGUUCUUGUCUCAUUGCGGUUGGAGCUCAGUGUUGGAGAGUUUGACUAAAGGAAUUCCGAUCCUUGCAUGGCCUCUUUACGCGGAGCAAUGGAUGAAUGCCACGUUGCUAACAGAGGAGAUCGGUGUGGCUAUUCGUACGUCAGAGUUACCGUCGAAGAAAGUGAUCGGGCGUGAAGAAGUCGCGUUUUUAGUGAAUAAGAUUAUAGCGGAAGAGGAUGGACGUAAGAUUAGGUCUAAAGCUGAGAAGGUGAGGGUUAGCUCCGAACGAGCUUGGACUCAUGAUGGGUCAUCUCAUAAUUCUCUCUUCGAAUGGGCAAGACAAUGUCGUCUUCUACACUGAUUCUAGAAAAAAUUAUAAUAUCAUGCAUGACCAAAAAUUUGUUUUUUUUUUGUCAAACACUUGCAUUUCAUUACUCAACCAAGAUAAGAUUCAUACAAGCAAAGGUUACCAUACAAAAUAAAAAGACAUUCCCCAAUGUCAAAACAACAAGAAAAUACAGCAAGAAUAGGAUUAAUCGGCAAUAGGUUCUUGAAAGCUUUGAGCCAAAUUCAUGAAGAUAUUUGGUACAUGUGAGAUCAAGUUUGUCGACAAGCUCUUCCAUAAUCAAAUCAAUGGAAAAGGAGAUAACCACUGUCAUGAGACGAGUUGGCGUUGAUGAAGGGGUCAGAGCUGAGCUUCUUACCGGUUUGAGUUCACGGAGAAGUAGCUUGACAAUAUUUCGAGCAUGGUUGAGAGUGCUCUGAAGCUUGGAGAUAUAUGCUAGAGUUGCCACCGGAGGACAACUGGCCUUGGACAGUUCAAAGCCGUAGUCAAAGAGGCAACUUGGAAUCGGGAUCAAAAAGCCAUAAAACUUCCAGCAAGAGGGUCGCAAACGCUUGCCAAGUUGAGGGCUGGUUGGGAAGUCUGUCCAGACUUGACGGAAAGAUUUGCGAUGCAAAUAUCAUCUCCGGUGCGUGUAGAUUUAGCAGAAACAGACAGUGGCCAUAAACUUAAUCAAUAUUGGAAACUAGGUCUACUGGAGAAAACCCUAGUUUCGCCAUCAAUCGCCAAAAUGACGGAUGGUUGAAGCGGCUGCCCAAAAUUUGCAGAGAACUUUGUUGCGCAAAGAACAUUUCCGGUGAAUAGACGGUCAGCGGGAGCGGACAAAGGUCAGGGUGUGGUAUGGGGAUAACAGACAAAAGAGUUUGAGAAGGGUUAAACAAUGAGAAAAAUUGGAGAAAGAAAUUACAAAAGAGAACACUAAAAGAAGCAUAUCCGAAACGAGAAUGAAUUGUGUUGGUGAGGUCCCGACGCCGGCGAAUAGCAGCUCCACCGGCGCCGGAAAACUUGGUUAAAAGGGGUUUCUCGAGAAUCGUGUCUGAAAGAGAAAAAAGGUUUUUCUUUCUUUUUCCAAAAAAAUAUGACCAAA